GAGAGGGCGUGCCUCAGAGUGAUCUCUCGGAGCCGACUGCGCCGUCCCAUGCCUACACAGGGUGCUGGGUGUUGUCUCUCGGUGCUGCUGUGGUGAGGCGGGGCGGCGGCAGGGAGAGGAUGGAACUGGGAGACAUGGUGCAAAAAAUCAGCAUCGACGGCCCCCGGGGGAAGGAGAGGAACGGAGCGGCAGAGGCUGAGGGGCUCCCACCCCCCGGCACCUGGAGGCAGAAGUGUGCUGCCUACGUCCUGGCGCUCAGACCUUGGAGUUUCAGUGCUUCCCUGACCCCCGUGGCUCUCGGCAGCGCCCUGGCGUACCGGGCAGAGGGAGCCUUAGACCCGGGGCUCUUGGUGGGAAGCGCUGUGGCCGUCCUGGCCGUGCACGGAGCCGGCAACUUGGUGAAUACCUACUACGACUUUUCCAAAGGUAUCGAUCACAAGAAGAGCGAUGACAGGACUUUGGUGGAUCAGAUUUUGGAGCCUCAGGACGUGGUCCGGUUUGGAGUCUUCCUUUACACUGUGGGCUGUAUCUGUGCUGCCGGGCUCUAUGCAGUCUCGACCCUCAAGUUGGAGCACCUGGCCCUGAUUUACUUUGGAGGACUCUCCAGCUCUUUCCUGUAUACUGGAGGCAUCGGAUUUAAAUACGUAGCCCUUGGAGACGUGGUGAUCCUCAUCACCUUUGGGCCUCUGGCUGUCAUGUUUGCCCAUGCUGUGCAGGUUGGGUACCUGUCUGUCUCACCCCUGCUCUACGCCGUGCCCCUCGCCCUCAGCACUGAGGCCAUCCUGCACAGCAACAACACCCGGGACAUGGAGUCAGACCAGCAGGCAGGCAUUGUCACCCUGGCCAUCCUCAUCGGCCCUGCCUUCUCCUAUGUCCUCUACACUGUGCUGCUCUUCUUGCCCUACCUGAUUUUCUGUGUGCUGGCCACACGUUACACCAUCAGCAUGGCCCUGCCCCUGCUCACCAUCCCCAUGGCAUUCUCCCUGGAGAGGCAGUUUCGGAGUCAGAACUUCAACAAAAUUCCUCAGAGGACAGCCAAGCUCAACCUGCUCUUGGGGCUUUUCUAUGUUUUUGGGAUUACUCUGGCACCAGCUGGUGCUCUGCCCAAACUCUGACAAAGGCAGCAAGAGCCUCACAAUUCAGUAUUAAGAGUGGUUAAUAGGGGAUAUUGUGGGUAGAUGACCCAUUCUUGACAGUGGGAAGAAUGGAGAGGCUGUUUUGAGCUGUUGGUUUGAUGGGAAUGUUGUAAUUUCUGGGCUUGGGGAGGUUGUACAAGACACUUCAAGUUAUGUCAGUCCUUCAAGAAAAGGAGCAAUGGUGCAGCUUUGCCUUGGGGGAGCAGGGUGAUGUGAAGAUGAGGAAAUGGUUCAAGAACCUCGUCCUUCUGCCACUGAAUUCAACUCAAUGAAAGUAAGAUUGAGCUUCAAACACAAACUCUGUUCCCUUCACAAGCACAGUGAUUGCUCUUACUUCCCUUAUCAUGGUCAAUAGUCCAGCAGCUCCAGUGCUCAACAAAACACUGCCAAAUGUUUAGCAUCACAACGAUGUAGGUGCUAUUCCUGCACUCCCAUGUGAGCAUAGUUCAUCUCUUGUAUGUUUUCUUUUUUUUUUUUUCCUCAGCAAAAUGUUGAGCUUUUCUUUCCAAGCCCCCUGAAAUGCACUAAAAGUUAAUUCAUUUAGCUGUUGCUUCUGCUUGGUCCUUAACAUCUAGAAAUUUAUGUCUCUCUGGCACGUUGGUGCUAAAAUGGAGCAUGAACAGCCCCCUGCCCAAACCAUAAGCCAAAACCAUAAAGUUAUGUUCUGCUGUGAAAGCUGAAGCUGUAAAUGCAAAGGAUGCAACUGAAAAGCUCUCAUUGAGGAGGAAAACAACUGGUUUCCAUUUUUGCAUUUCUUUAGAAUUUACUCUCUGAAAUUACAGUCUUGGAGUUAAGGGGGAGCACUGUGUAGGGAUUAAUGGCUUCAUGAGUGGAAGAAGAAAUUCUUAGGUUGAAAAACAUGUCAUUUUUUCAGUUGUUGCUCUCUGUUUAUUUAGAGGCCUGGAGUAUUACAGUUAAAUGGCUUUUUAUAAGAAGCUCAAAAAGAAGCCCAGUUGAGCAAAGAAAGAAAAGGGUUAGAAAAAAGCAUGAAGAAUAUUGCAUUGGCUCUGAAUAAAAAUUAGGACUGGAAACAGGAAGAAACCAGUUUUGUUAACAAGUUUUUCUUAAUAGAGCCCAGAGUUUGUGGGAUGGAAUCACUCAUAGCUGUUAAGAUAGCUCUGCAGUGAAGUUCCUCACCUCUUUUUCCCUUCCCACACCUUAUCCUGGUUUUUUUGUUCUCUUCUGCAGCUCUUGCCAUUUGAUAUUCAUGUGGCCAUUUGGAGAACUGAUUGUUUCAGCCAUUAUGUAGCAGUGUGAAACCUAUGCCAAGUGAAACUUCCAGUGCAGAGAUGAGUUUGAUCAGUUACAUGUUGCUCAGUGGCAACUGAGUCCUCUCUCUGUUGA